CUCCACCUUGUCUGGCAUAUUUGGAAAAGCAGGCACGCUAUUGGGUCACUAUAUAUUUUCCCAUAAAUAAAAAACUAAUCCUGGCUGCCGAAUUUGAUGUCCACUUUCUGGAACAGAGACCGCAACCGCAGUUGCAAGGAUGGAACCCCCGCCCCAAGAGCCACCGCCACCUUCCCCAACCCCAGCUCUUGAUUGCUCCCUCACCUUGGCACCAUCCUCAAGCCCCUCCUCGCCUUCCGGCCGUGACGCCAGGGACGUGAGGCUCUUCCCUUGCCUCUUCUGCAACAAGAAGUUCCUCAAGUCCCAGGCUCUUGGAGGCCACCAGAAUGCCCACAAGAAGGAGAGGAGCAUUGGAUGGAGCUCCCAACUUUACCUGCCAUCCAACUCUUCCCCCGCCCACCACCUGAGCCCACCUUCCUUCCCCAUCGCGUCGCAUUCGUGCAAACCCCUCUCUGCCGGUCGCCGCUUCCCGGCCGACCUCCCUGAGAGCUUUGGUUCCUGUGGAGUCCCUCGCUUUGCCUCUCACCUCCCCUACUUAGCAACCAUGAGCACCAGGAGGGCAAUUUGCGCUGCCAGCUGCGACCCCUCGGUUGGCUGCAAUGAGACAAUAGAUCUUCUGAACUGGCAGAGGGCCUCCCAUCCUCCGCAGGUGCCCGCCGCCGAUGAUAACGAGGAUCCUUGUUCAUCUACCUCCUGUGAUGAUGAAGACAAGACCAAGCUCGAUCUCUCCUUGAGGCUCUAGUCCAAGCUUGUCACCUGUUUUGUAUAUCAUCUGUGGAAUUAGAUUUCCAGACACCUGUCAGCCCUUUUCUUCUUCUUUCUCUCUCGAUCCCCCUUCUCAUCUUAUUGCUUGUUGUAGAUCUUCUAUUGUUGGUUUGGGAUUCUGGUUUGUCUUUC